AUGUCAUAUUCAAGUCAACUACUAUGCACCACUAUCAAAGCACCUUUAAAUAGUUUGCCAUUAUUUUAUUGUGAACUCCUCCAGUGUUGGAAAUCUGUUGAUAAAGUGCGUAAAUUAAAUGAUGAUAACGUAACUGAUAUUCUUAAUGAGCCACUGUUUAACAACCCACUCAUCAUACAUCCCAUAAGAAAUGAGGCUUUUGCGCUCAGACACUUUGUUGACGCGGGAAUAACCGAAGUAUGUGAUUUAGUUUCAGAAACGAAUAAAACUUGGUUGGAGGCCGCUGAUAUGUCGGAUAAAAUUAAAAUCCAUUCGGAACAUAUUCUUCAUCUCAGUAUCAAAGUUAUUCACGAUUCUAUUCCUACCAAAUGGAAAGAUACUAUCAACACUUACUUCAAAGGGAACGAGAAGUGUAAUCAACCUCUUUCACGUCAUAGCUUUGAACUGCACUUUUCUGAUGAACUAAAUUUGCCACUAUAUAAGUUUGAAAAGGGCGCAAUCUAUAAAUAUCUAAUACGUGUCCUGUCAAUAACACAACACCCACAAAAACUUGACACUGUUUGGCGUGACAUCCUUAGUCUGCCUGAAAAUGCUAAACCCAACUUCAAGGAUUACUAUGAAACACCAGUCAUCAACAAAUAUGGGGAUCUACAGUGGCGUAUUGUCCAUGGUGCCUUUCCAACGGGGAGAUUUCUGUUCAAUGCUCGUUUACUUUUCAAGGUUUUUAAGAAACUAAAAAACUCCGAUCUAGUAACAUUCCAACAGAAAUCCCGAAUCCAUAAAAUACUCAUCAAACUACAGAAUCACCUGAAAAGUCAUGCAGGGUUGUGUACUAUUGGUGACAUGAUUAAUCAUGAUGAACGUCGCUGGACGACUUGUGCCGAUUUACACCAGCUAGUGCCAAUCUAUUCACUAAGUUCAUUGGAGAAAGCACUAUACAUUCUCAAACAAUCUAUACCAGAGAAUCUCAUACAGAAAAUAACUGAAUAUUGGUCAAUGGACAACGACUGUUGUGGUAGCUCUAAUGUGUCAGACAGCUGUCAGAGCGAAGACACAAACACAGACAGCAGUAAUGUAUUGGGUCAAGAAAAACCUCCACAUAUCAUUUUUAUCGUUGUAGAUGAUCUUGGAUGGAAUGACGUUGGUUAUAAUAAUCCCGUGUUCAAGACGCCUACGAUCGAUAGACUUGCCGGUAGCGGAGUAAAACUUCUGAAUUACUACGUGGCAAGCCAUUGCCUUCCAUCAAGGAAUAUGUUGAUGACUGGAAGACAUGCUAUUCAACUAGGAAUUCAGCGCCAUGGUUUCGGAUACCAUCCUCGGUCCUUGCCAUUGGACGAGACUACUAUAGCACAGCCGCUGAAACAAGUUGGCUAUUCAACCCACAUAAUUGGUAAAUGGCAUUGUGGGUUUUACUCGGAUAAUUGCUUGCCUCAUAACAGAGGAUUUGACACAUUUUUCGGUUUCGUUGGAGCAGGCAUAGAGCAUUAUACACACUCCGAUCAUUUUAAUCAUAUGCACAACCUCAGAAAAAAUGAUGAUUGCAUAGCUAAGCAGUAUAUUGGUAAAUAUUCCACAACAAUUUAUGCAAAUGAAGGAAAGAAUAUAAUUAAUGCCCAUGAUCAAAACAAACCAUUUUUUCUUUACCUGUCAUUCUCCGCUGUACACACACCUCUUGAAGUUCCAUCCUCGUAUUUGAAACAAUACGAGUCAACAAUAUAUGACGAGGAUAGACGAACAUAUGCAGCGAUGACAUCAUGUGUAGACGAGGCUAUCGCGAAUAUCACUGAAGCCCUUGAAGAGAAAGACAUGUUGAAAAACAGUAUAAUCGUUUUUACUUCUGACAAUGGCGGUGCUGUAGAAAGAUCGGCUGGCAGCAACUGGCCUCUGAGAGGAGGAAAACAUACAAUUUGGGAAGGAGGUGUAAAAGCAGUUGGGUUUGUUUAUGGUGAAUUGCUUCCACAUCACUCACGUGGUACUGAGAAUACAGGUUUGAUGCAUAUCACAGACUGGUUUCCAACGUUAGUAACAUUGGCUGGUGCAAAUCCACAUGUCGGAAAGAAGCUAUACGGAGUUGAUCAGUGGAAGAUGGUAACUGGGGAAGGAAAAUCUCGGCGCGACGAUGUGCUGAUUGAACUUGUGAAAGAUAAUAAAGCGAGUACACGCUAUAGAACUGGUAUAUUUAAAAAUCAUCCUUUUGACAUUACAACACGUGCAGCGAUGAAAAUGGGAAAAUGGAAGUUAUUGACUGGUCCAAUUGGAGGAGCAAGUGAUUGGGUUAAACCCAAAGAGAUGAACUCCGAGCAUAGUGUAAUAGAGGAUCCUGAUUUCGACGCAACACGUAUGGUGCGACUAUAUAACAUAGAAGACGAUCCAACUGAAACAACUGACUUAUCAGAGAUAAAUCACCAUAUUGUAGCUGAAAUGCUGGCAAAACUACAUAACUUUUCCAAAGAGACCUUGCUUGGCCAGUCACGAAUAUUUCCGCGUGCUAAUUUUGAUGGGAUGGGAGAAUGCAUAAGUCCAUGGGUAUAA